AUGGAUAAUAGGGCCUCCCCCACCAGUCAGAUUCCACCAAAUUCCAACGACAGACCUUCUAGACUAUGCCAAAGACCUUCUUCAAAAGAAGGCAAUAAAGAAAGUCAGAGACCUGAAAUUUCAAAGACCCAGACUGAAGGACAUCAAUCGGGUAUAGCAGAAAAGAGCCAACAGCAGACUCAGAGACAAAAUCUUUUUGAUUCCGCUGAUACUAAGGAAAAGAUUUCGUCCGUGGACGACAGUCAAGAGUCUUUCCAAGUCAGUACUGCUCCAAUUUCCCCCGCCGUCUCUAGUAGUCCACACAGACGCCUCUCUGAGCGGGCAGAUAGCACUGGUAGCACCCAACUGGCUGAAGAAGAAUUGGUUUCCUUUUCUACUAGAGUUGAAACUCCGUCCCAGAUGGAUUCCCAAGCCAAAGUUGACUCAGGUGGUACAAACUCAGACUGUGUCAGCUUCCUCAAGAAUUCUGAAUGCCCUAACUUUAUGGACUUCAUGAAGUUUGUGGCACAGAAAGAUGCUAAUAUUGAUCCGCUAAACACAUUGUUCGUGGAAUCAGACAAAAGAGAAUCGAGACACUGGCAGUAUGAUUCGGCAGUGAGGAGAGCUCGAAGUGCAUUCAAGUUAAUAGAAAUUGAUGAUCGUCACAAAAUCCUUAAUCCUGGUCAGGUAGUAGUUGAGUGUGGGGCUGCUCCAGGUGCUUGGACUCAAGUGGCUGUCUCCAGAGUUAACAGUUUACAAAAUGUAAAAGGCAAACAACAAGGACUGGUUGUAGGGAUUGAUCUCUUGGGUAUUCAUCCGCUACCUGGAGCUAUAUUUUUAAGUGGUAAAAAUUUUACAAACCCUGAAACUCAACAGGAGAUACUAAAAAUUCUCGAUGGUAGAAAGGUUAAUGUGGUGCUCUCUGACAUGGCUCCUAAUGCAAGUGGCACGCGAGCAAUGGAUCAUGAAAAUAUCAUAGAUCUAGCAUAUUCAGCAUUGAAUUUUGCAGUGCAGCAUUCUGCUUUAAAAGCAUCUUUCUUGUGUAAGGUUUGGGAUGGAAGUAGAGACAUGAAGCUUAAAAGUGACAUGGAGAGGUAUUAUGGCAGUGUCAAGGUUAUCAAGCCUAAUGCUAGUCGAAAAGAUUCUUCAGAAAAAUUUUUAUUGGGCAAAAAUUUCCAGGGAAUUGGUACAUAACUAGU